AAAAAAUCGAGGGAAAUAAAAAACAAGAACUAAAUAGAAAUAUUCCAAAAAUCAUGCUCCAUUUUGAUGAUAAUCAUUUCAUAAUAACCAUUAUACACAUUUCUUUUUUCAAUGAUCAAGGAUUUACAUCAAGUUCGUGUCAGUGACGACAAGAACGAUCAAAACACCGGUACCAGUAACAACAAUCAGCCGAACGUCAGAAGUUCAGUACAAUACAGACAUUCAGCAGAAUUAGCAGAUAGUAGGACACAUCGAAACUCAAAGACAAUUUAUUCAGCACAUAGAUUAAAUGACAAUGUACAACGAAAUAGUUACAUACCCAAGACUAAUUUAUCGCAAACGCAACAACAGCCUCAACUUGAUUGCCAUUUGAAUAAACCACAGAGAACUAUAAAUAUCUUCAAUUCAACUGAAUUGCAUAAUAUUCCUGACACGAACACAGACAUUCGGAAUAGAAAAUAUCAACAACAUGAUUAUGGUAAUAAUCAGUCAAAUAAAGACAAUCGAAGCUAUUAUGCAAUAUCAUCAUGUAAUAAUGGAUCGUGUAUUGGUCGAAACAUUUUAGACAAUCCAUUGACUAACAAUAAAACCACUACGAAUUCUAAUCAUGGAUUGACAAACUUUACAAAUCGACCAGAUAACCAAACACGGAGUACUUCUUCAGUAAAAGAACAAAAAUCUGUCCAUUGGUCUGAAGAUUUAGAUACAUCAGAUUCAAAUCAAAAACACCUGGCCAAUGGUGUGAAUACUUUGAAUAAUAAUAAUAAAACUAUUACGAUAAAUUUUGACGCUAACAACAACAACAACAACAACGCCAACAACAGUAUUACUACAGCUAUCAAUAAUGCCAACACCGGGACAAAUAAUAUCAAUGGUAAUCAUGUGAAUAGCUAUGGAAUUGGUUAUAAUACACACGUUAGAAGACAAAAAUUACCGGAACGUGAUGUAUUCAAUCAAAAUGUUACAAAAAAUUAUCCAUGUUCAAAAAAUAUUGAAGAAUUUCUCAGGCGAAGAUCUUUAUCUUCGAAUUCAGCAAAUUCAUUAAAUCAAAUAACCAGAAGUCAGAGUUUAUAUGCUUAUCUUUCAAUGCGUAAUGAAUUAGCAAAUAAAGCCAACACAAACACUUUGUCUAAUGCAGCCAAUUCAAUUAAACCAGAUGACAAUCAACCAAAGCUACCUCCAAAACAGUCUGUUGUUACAACUACUUGUAAUACUACUACUAAUACUACUACCGAUAAUAACAGUAACCACAGAAAAAGUGAUAAUUAUUCUGAGUAUUCAAUCGCUCGAUCAGUUUGUUCCUCUGUUCCUCAUGGGGUGGAAAAUGUGAAGUCUUCAAAUUCAGUCACAACUUCUCAGCUACCUUCUAAUCGAAGAAGUAUGUCACCAAGCUUCCGAAGAUUUUCAAAUCAAUUAGAAACUGACGCAGUUGUCGAUAAAAAUCAGUCAAGCAAAACAAAUCUCACUAUACAAAUCUUUCUACCGGACAGAACAAGUAAAUAUGUUUCAGUUGAUAGUACAACUACAGCAUUACAAGUUUUACAAAAAUUAACUAAGACUACACAGAAAUUUCUCACUGUGAGACAUGCUUUAGUUGAAAGAAUUCCUGUUUUACAUUUAGAACGUUGCUUAGAAGAUGAUGAAUGUUUAUUGAAUUAUUUAUCAAGUUGGAAAAUAGAAAAUGAAAAUUUAAUCUUUUUUGAAGAACGACAAGAUUUGUAUGGUUUAUUUGAAAGUCCUAAACCUCAUUCAACUCAACAAGCAGAUUCUCGUUUAAUUAUUGAAAUGUGUGCUAUCGAUGAAGAUUCAUGGAAGAAAUGGUAUUCUCUACUUCGUAUUGUUUUGGUUGGAAAACGUUUAUACACAAAUUAUAUUGUUAGAAAAGAUACUGUAAAGCUAUAUCGUGAAAAUUUUCCCAAUUCCGAUCAUUCAUCAAAUAGAAAUUCAUCAUGUUUUUUUAAUUCAAUCACUGAUAGACCAAUCUCUUCAACGAUAUCCGAUUUAGACAGUAAUGAUCUGCAUUCAAUCAAUUCAAAUUAUAAAAUUCAUUCAACUGACAUUGAAUUCCCACCAAAAUCAGGUAGUUAUAGUGUUAGUGAUUUAACUAAACCAAUACCAACGGAUAAAUAUAUGACUAGCAUAAACAAUACACAUCAAAAUGAAGCAUCAAGUUUAGUGAAUCUUACAUUGUAUCCAAUUCAAAAAACAUCAACAGAAAAAUCACUGGAUCGUCAAAGUCGAUUCGAUAAACGAAAUAUGAAAUCAGUGAAAAAACGAAUUUUUGGCAAUGGACCAGCUGCACGUCGAUGUACACGUUCGAUUAGUCAAAUUAGUUCACCAUUUAAUAUUAGUUUGCCUUAUUGGAUACGUGCAAGUUAUGAGGAUAGAAUGAAUGACACAUUUAAUGAAACAGUAUUAUGAUAAUGAUAAUAAUAUCACUAUUGUUUGAAAUUUUUAACAUCCUAUGACCAUACAUACCACGUCAAUUUUUCAUAUGAAUGUAACUAUUUUUUUAAAAAAAAAGAUCACAGAUAUGUAAUGCACAUCAACUGUAUGUACUACUACAUACAGUUUCUUAUCACAAUAUGGGCAUAGAAUUCAAUCGAAACUAAUCUGUUCAGUAAAAAAAAAAAAGGUAUUUUGGAAUAUUUAAAGAUUGUCUUCUUCUUCUUCGUCUUCUUCUAUAAAAAAUUUAACUCAACUACUUUUUGACUUCCAAUAUGUGUAAAAAAACUGUCAUUUCUACGUAUUUAUUUAUUCACAUUAUCACGUGUAAUAAGAUGUGUAUUUUUUAAAUUUUUUUCUUAAAGAUCAACUAACUAACUGAAAACUACUAUUCAUUCAUAAUUUCUUUAAUAUUAUUAUUAUAAUCUACCGUCUGCUUGUACAUACAUACAUAAUAAGUCAGAUGAUAUAUAUACAUAUGUGUAAAACUAUGUGAUUGAACAGAGGAAUUUUUUUGUUGAUAAGAUUAGAUGAAUAUCUUUUUUUCUUUUCUGCUUUCUAUGCCCAAGAUUUUUACAUUCUAACAUUAAACUUGAUUAUUUCAACUGGCAAAAUGAAACUAUUUACAAUUGAAACAUUGAUCAAUUGAAUAUUUAUACGGAUAUAUAUAUAUAUAUAUAUAUAUACAUAUAUAUGUCUAACACAUGCAUACCUACUACUAACACACAUAUACAUAAACGCAUAAACCUGCGUACAUACAUACAGAAGUACACAACUUUAUGUGUUAUUUUUUCAAGGAUAUUUUCCUCUUCUUUUUGUUUUCUUAUAUUUUAAUUAUCACUGAAUCGAGAGUUUAAUUAUAAAUGAUGCACAAACAAACAUUUUUGUACAUAAUAAUCAUAAUUGUAAUAAUGAUAAUAAUGAAAUUAUCAAAAAAAACUGUACUUGAUCAAGGAGAUGCUGCGUGUGUUCGCACACACACAUACACAGAGACGCAUACGCGUCAAUACAGAAGAAAGAUAAGAAAAAAAUUAUUGCUUGUUUGCUUACAAAAUAACAAAUAAAUUUAUUUUUCACUUAUAAUUGCUGCCUAUUUUUAUUAGCAAUUCUACAACUACCACUAAU